AGGAAAUGACUCAUAUAUUAGGACGACGUCCUUCUUGACAAGAAAUAGUCAUGGUGUGGUCCCCCGAAUAUCCAUCCACCGAGACGAUGUCGAAAAGAAUUAUUGACGUACUAUGCUCCCGAAACCCGUCGCCGAUGGAUCUAAUUAUAGAUGGUGGAAGGAAUACGCGAGCAGAAGAUUGGAUCCUAGUCGAGGGAUGGGAACCAUGGCCUGACUUCACUUACGGUACCCUCACCAAGCUCUUCCACGAGUAUCUAAACAAGUCCGCCGGAUCGCUAGUCCAACAAGACCCGCUUCUGACCGAUGACCGGAUCAUAAACGAUGAAAAGACCUGUGAGGUUUUCCUGGGGCGCUACAUUAUGCCAGUCGUCAACGGAGCACUCGCGAAGAUGUUGCCAGCCACGAAGCGUGCUAGGAGCCCCUACAUAGGGUCUGGGUCUACCAUUGGAAGCACAGCAGAUUGGGCCGUCCGAAGAUCACUUGACGACGGGACGUUCGAGCCGUUGCUCCCAGGUGACACCAAACUGGCACAGAAAUGGGCCCGGAAAUGAAUGACGUGGAGCAACGGAACCUGCCUGUGUCUCAAGUGCUGACAUAUGCGCACUUGAUUGGCAGUCGCUAUGGCUUCAUCAUCACCCAGUCCCAUCUAGUCGUCCUCCGCUUCUGCCAAGAACCCAUCGGCGCAGGCACAGCGCUAUCUCGACCUCGCCGAUCAGGGGCCGGACAGGGGUUUUCCCAAAGUAUCUAUUCGGGGAGUACUGACAUAUCAUCUGCUAUGGAGAAUAUGUCCCUAGAUACUGGGUAUAUAUCCUAUGUUGACCAAACUGACGACUACUUUCCUCCCGAGUAUUGUUCAAUACACUGGAAUACCCAUGGCAAACAGAACCUGACGAUAAAAUUGGCGCUUGCUUGUCUCUGCCUUCUCGCGGUGAUCGGGCCUAGGGACAUCCACGAUCGCCCUUAUCCUCCGCUGGACAGUUGGGUUGCAGCAGUUCCGGAGGGCUAUUUUCACGUCACUACCGGGCAGUAU